AUGGCUGUAAUCACUUCAAACACCACUGUUCAUCUGCGCACAGAUAGGUCAAUCACGCAGUUGAUGAUGGAAAAUAUAUCAAACACGGAUCCGACAAAAGUGAUUUGCGAAGAUACGUUGACCGGCAGGACCUUAACCUACGGAGGACUACGGAGCGACGCGUUCAAGGCAGCUCAAACUCUGCGGCAUGGAUACGCUAUCACUUCAGGAGACGUCGUUACGAUUAUAUCCCGAAGCACGGUUGACUACAUUCUGGCGGCGCAUGCCAUAUGGGCAGCAGGCGCAGUUGUGAGUACGAUCAACCAUUCGUCCACGCCCAAAGAGCUAGUGCAUGCGUUGAAUAUAGUCAAGCCGAAGGUCAUCAUUGCAGAUGUUGUGGUACUCAAAAAGCUACAUGGAGCUCUCACUACCCUCGGGAUGGACAGCUCGGUCGCUAUCCUCACAUUGAUACAGAGAGAAGGCAGCUAUCCAUUGUUUCCGCAGGACCUCGUGAAAUCCAGUCGCAUCGAGCCAGAUGCAUACGUGCUUGACGGCAAGGAUGCGCGCAACUCCUGCGCUGCCAUCGUUCUUUCCAGUGGGACAACGGGUCUACAAAAAGCUGUGAUGCUUUCCCAUCACAAUCUGGUAGCUAUUUGCGAGCAGCUACGAGCCCAUAACCCAGAAAACUGGCGAGGAAGUAUGCGAGAGGUGUUCUUUCCGCUCAUGCAAGAGAAGCGAGCUACGUUGGCUAGGCUGGUACCUCCCGUGGCACUAGCGCUUGCCGAAUCUCCAAUCGCCGAGAGAUAUAGAUACGACGAUCUGGAGUACUUUUCAUGCUCUGCGGCGCCACUCAAGCCGUUGGUUGCGACAAAACUUCGGACUAAGUUUCCCGGGGUUAGUUUGUGCCAAACCUAUGGCUGCACCGAGCUCUCGUCUUGUAUCUCCCAGAGUGGUGUCAGAGAUAAAAAGGCUCCGCUUGUGGCUACCGGAACUCUGCUUGCAAACAUCCAAAUUCGAUUCAUUGACGAGAAUGGCAAAGAUGUCUCUCCCCCGAAUGCAGGAGAGAUUUGUGUAUCAUCUCCUACGAUAAUGAUGGGUUACAAGAACGACCCAAAAGCCACCGAAGAAGCCAUGCUAGAGGAAGGGUGGUAUCGAACCGGCGAUAUAGGCUAUCUUGACUCAGAGGGAUUUCUGAUCAUCGUUGAUCGAAUCAAGGAUGUGAUCAAGUACAAAGGAUUCCAGGUUAGUCCAACAGAAUUGGAAGAGAUCAUUGGACAGCACCCAAAUGUUGCCGAUGCUGCUGUAACAUCUGUCUGGGACGACACAGAAGCGACAGAGAUUCCUCAGGCAUUUGUGGUUCCAAAAGCGAAAGUAUUUUCCUUGGAUCGUGAAAAGGUAUCUCAAGAAAUCCAGAAACUUGUCGCCUCCAAGGUUUCUGGGUAUAAGAGGCUGCGCGGUGGUGUUUUAUUUGUUGACCAGUUGCCGCGGAACCCGACGGGCAAGUUGCUGCGGAGGGAGUUGCGUAGUCUUGCGAGGCUCAAGGCACAUAUUUAA